UUUUUUUCAAAUUUCAAAACCAAUCAAACCGUUGGAUAAUUUUGUUUCAAAACCACCACAAAAAAAAUCAAUUGAAUUCUUCAUUUGUUUCAGUCGUUGUUUUUUCUCAAUUACAAGAAAUGGCAGAUCAAGAGAAACCAACCGAAGAGAAACCGAAAGCUGAGGCACCGGAAGACAAAAAGCCGGACGAAAAGCCCGCCGAAGAGACAAAGACUGAUUCGAAAGACGAGAAAAAGGAGGAAAAGAAGGAGAAGAAGGAAUCAAAGGAAUCAAAGUCGGGCUCAAAGUCAAGCACUAAACGCAAAGGAAAGGUAGAUCUGUCGGAAGCGAAGAUCGGUUUCCUCGGCGCCGGUAAGACAGCUGAUGCCAUCAUUCGCGGUCUAAUUCAAUACGGAAAAGUAGAUCCAAAGCGCAUACAUGUGUCGGCAAAGACUACGAAAAACUUGGAGACCAUCAAACAGAAGGGCUGUCACAUUACGAAACGGAAUUACGAUAUAUUCGCCAAAUAUGACUGCGAUAUAGUAUUCCUGUGUUUUCACGGCUCAGUUAUCAAAGAGUGCUACAAAAUUGGUGGUUCGCGUCCGCAUCCGUUGACCACAAAUUUCAUACCAAAUAUGAAACAUCCAUUGUAUGUGCUAUCGCUGGUCAGCGGUGUAAAGUUGGAUCAAAUCCGGGCGUGUCUAUUGAAUCCCGAACACCCGGACAAGUAUAUGAUCGAAAUGCACAGAUUAAGCAUCAGUACUGCUUGUGCUUAUGGUUUGGGCAUUACUGCCAUCGAUGUGGAACCGGACAGCAAAAAGUGUAGUCCACUAAUAAGGGAUAUGCUGUCAACCAUAUCGAAGCUCGAGUACAUACCCGAAAGCCAGAUGGACUCGGCCUGUGCUCUGGGAGGCAACGGAUUGGCGUUUGUCUACUAUUUUAUCAAUUCUCUGGCCGACGGCGCCUUCAAGAUGGGUCUCAAUCGUCAAACGGCUACAAAAUUUGCCGCCAAAACCGUACAGUGCGCGGCACUGACGCUACUAGAGUCGGGUAAACAUCCGUCAGAGCUAAAGGAUAGCUGCACUUCGCCAUCUGGACCCGCCAUUUAUGGCAUCCAUGUGCUCGACAAAGCAGAUGUCGCCUCAGGAGUGGCCGGUGCUGUAGAAGCGGCGCACAAGAGGGCCAAAGAAUUAGCAGAAGAACUACCAAAUUAAACACAUCAUUCAAUUUGGUCGACAAGAAAAAAAAUGGUGUCAUUUCAUAAAGACUUUUUCGGUUUUAGUCAAUCAUUCAAUUUGUUUUUAAAAAUUUUGUUUAUUUAUAAAAUAAAAUUCAUUUAAU